AUGGCUUUAUCCUUUGCUGUCAAGGGCAUGGGAGAUCUUCAUUACAUUCUUGGUGUUGAGGCCAUUCGACUUCCUACUGACAGUCUAGUGGCCCAUUACCUGAUCCAACUUUUCAGGUCCACGGUUGGAGCAUUGCAAUAUCUUUCUUUUACGCGGCCUGACAUUUCAUUCGCGGUUAGCAAAGUCUACCAGUUUAUGAAUGCAUCCACCUCUAAUCAUUGGACAACUGUAAAGCGUAUACUUCACUACCUCAAAUCAACCAUUUACUAUGGUUUAUGCCUCACUUCCAACAAGUCUCUCCAGUUGCAUGCCUUUAGUGAUGCUGAUUGGACCGGUUGCCUUGAUGAUCGAAAGUCUCAAGGUGGGUACUAUGUGUUUCUAGGCGAUAAUCUCAUUUCUUGGUCUUUGAAGAAGCAACCAACUGUUUCUACAUCCAACACUGAGGCUGAAUAUAGGAGUAUUGCUUGCACCACAUCUGAAGUUCUCUGGCUUCAAUCUUUAUUGCAUGAACUUGGAUCUUUCUCGUCCUGCAUCCCCAUUCUAUGGUCUGACAAUAUUGGUGCCACUUACCUAAGCAUCAACCUAGUUUUUCAUGCACGAUCCAAACAUAUCGAGCUUGAUGUGCACUUUGUUCGGGGUCAAGUUUCCAAGCAUCACAUCUCCAUCCGUUUUCUCUCCUCCCAUGAUCAACUUGCUGAUAGCCGCGGUUUUCGUGGAUCACUAGCAAGCUGA